UUUUAGAGAAUGAGUUGGCGAUGGCCUGGAAUAACUUGAGUUGUGUCCACCCGGCUCUGUGUUACGGCAAAAACAAGACAAUCCUGUAUUCACUUAGCGGUCAAAUCAAUUUCCAUACAUUGACGGCACUAAUGGGUCCGUCGGGUGCGGGAAAGACCACACUUUUGAAAUGCGUUAAUAUGCGCUCCAACUCUGGCCUCACGGCUGACACAGAGAUGUUUGUCAAUAAAUACACGGAUUUGAGGACUUGUUUUAUAAUGCAAUCAUCCGAUGAACAUCUUUUCAUGGGUUUAACCGUCAGAGAAUCGCUAUUAUUUGCGUCAAAAAUCAAGAAUUACGGCAAAACGCGGACAAAAUUUAGGGACAGUUACGCUCAGACGGGAAGUUCGCUGUUAUGUCUGGACUCGUGUCCGGAAAACGAGUCGGAGAUCAGCGGCUCGUCGUUCACCGAUUGCGGCGAUCCCUGCGAUAAAAAGGGGUCCUUUGAUCACGACUUAAAUGUUCGGAGAAUACUAUCGGAACUGCUUCUGGAGGACUGCGCCGGCAAUAGUGUCCAGACAUGCAGUGGUGGCGAACAGAAGCGCCUAUCAGUUGGUCUGGAAUUAGUUCAACAAAAUAAGCCAAAUCUCUUGUGUAUAGACGAGCCGACCAGUGGUCUCGACAGCAAUGCCUCAGAGAUGUAUAUAGAAUUGUAUGGAAGUAAUCCAAUGUUUGAAACAGCUAUCAGAGAGACAUCGGAUGGCAAUCGUGACAUCAAUACAUCAGCCAAACUCUCUGCUCCUCUCAAUGGCGGUCACUGUGUGUUCGCCGGACGACCCAAUCAUCUCAAAGACCAUCUCAACAAUUGUGGCAUUACUUGUGCUGAAGAUAUCCUUCCAAUUGAGCUCUUGUUGAAGAUAUCAUCAAAAUUUCCAAACUCUGUCUUUAAGAAAAGGGAACUCACUUUAAAUAAUAACAUAAAUACAGAGGAAAGUGUGAGCACAACACUUGUGUUGGAAAGCAAUGAAAUUGAUAAACUUAUAGAGAGCUCAUGGAAACCAUCGGAACAAUUCAAAGAAGAUUGUCUAAUGAGUGGCAAACUGUCCAAAACUAUUGAUAAACAAACGAAAUAUUUUCAUUUGUAUCACUUUUAUUACCUGUUAUGCCGUGGAAUCACUUGUUUUGUGAGAUACCAAUGGCGAGUUAGCGCAUCUCUGGCUAUAUUUUCAUUCAGUGUAUCGGCGUUUCUGCUCUAUCUCUACGGUACAGACAUUGGCCACGAGACCAGUUGUCUGAACCUCUUUGCUUCUAACGAGACGUCAUCAAUGACUACAUCACUGGAACAGGCGUUACGUAUCUUAAGCCAGGAGUCAAAGGCUUUGCUAAACCUGAAGUGCCAGUUCUUCGGCAUCGCGUUCUUGCAGUUCGUGUCGAUGGCCUGUACUAUACUUGUGUUCCCACAAGAGGUCCGUAUAUUCCUCAACGAACACCACAAUAAGUGGUAUUCAACGAGUUCCUACUUUUGGGCCAAAUUAAUGGUCGAAAUACCCGUCUCAGUGCUCAUCGCUUACAUCUACUCAUUCAUCAUAUACUACGGCACCGGACAACCGGACCAGACAUUCAGAUAUAUCUACUUUACACUCAUUACGACUUGCGGUAUGAUAAUUGCCAACAGCACCGGGUAUUUAAUGGGCAUAAUAUUCGCCCGUAACUAUCAAGUGGCCACCACUUCGGGUGUGGCGCUAUUCCUGGUGCUGGUUCUGUUGUCGGGCUUCUUCGUGCCCCUAACCAUACAACACGCCAUUGUCAGGGGUGCCAGUUAUCUGUCAUUCAUCAAGAUCACUUUUGAGUCCAUUCUCAUUACACUUUAUGGCUUUGAUCGGUGCAGUGAAUCUCAAAUGCCUAUACUUUUACAUCAGUUGAAACUCAGCGACACUCAGAUGAAAGAAAAUAUGUAUUGGAUUAUAGUUACUGUAUUCUCAAAAACGGAGGACGACGGGUGCCGUAUUGUGCAAUACCCGCAACCUUUACUGUUACACACACUUUGUGUCAUUGGUUUGCGGCCCGACUCAACCGCUCGUCCCCUAUUCUUGUGUUUAUGUGUUGCCAUACUUUUGACAGUUUGCCACAACCAAGUGGUCGAAGCGGGCAUUCAAUUCACUGAUUGCGGUAAUGGAUUGAUAUCCGGCCUCCAAAUUAGUGACUGUACUGCCAGUCCAUGUCUUUUCGUUAGGAGUACCGACGUUACCAUUAAUAUCACUUAUACAGCCGACCAAAAUUCAACCACGGCCAAAUGGUACCUUCAUGCUUUAGCCGGCGCUCUAGACAUUGACCUUAAUAAAUUAAUACCAGGGUUUAAUACAGACGGUUGUCACGACAAUACCUGUCCCAUCACAAGUGGACAAAACAAUCUAUUCAGUUACAAACUGCACAUACCAUCUAAUUUUCCACCAUUCAAUAUAAUUAUAAUUUGCAAGCCACACUUAGAGCCCGACUUAUUGGCGAACACAGUGAUAUAUCCAAAGGACUGUUUCGACAGAUUUGGCGACGAUUUGUGUGAAAAAUGUAAUAAUUCGCGUUCACCUACUUGCGGUAUGAUAAUUGCCAACAGCACC